AUUUCUCUUUAGUCGAAGAUUCCAGUUGAAUCUUAGAUUGAGAGAGAUGUGAGUGAAGUCAAAACAUUCAGGUCUAAUGGCUGCAAAUGUGCAUAUUGUCUCAUUUUAGAAUGUUGCAUCUGGACACAGCCUUGGUAGCCCCCCGAUUACCAGCUUGUGUUUCUGUUGUGAAAUCUUGGAAGAGCAGAACCGGCAGCAUUAGUCUGCAGGGUUGCUUCUCUGGGACCUGUCUACAUGUUUUAGGAAAUGUUUUAGUACUCCUGUUUGUGGUGUUCCUUUAUCUAGGUAACUGCUGCUCUUUGCAUUAUUGGACCCAAGGUCCCUAGUGGGCUAUGUAAAAUCUUAAUCCAUGGAAUAUGGGAAAUCAUCCACAAGAUCUAAGCCAGGCCGAGCCUGCUGGAAUUAUGCUUUCCUUGCGAACAGAUUUAAAGGAAGACGCGUUUCAGAUGCGGCCGCGUCCUGGUUUUGCUUCAUAAUAUUCGAGUUUAGUCAUUGACCUCUGUUGCAGUCUUAAAAUGAUAAAUUUUAGAUUACAUGCACGGUGGUUGUUUUUUUCCUGGCAGAAUGGAGGGAUCUGUGUUUUACGAUAAUAAGGUAAAGAAUCCAUUUGGACUUGAGCAGUGUAACUCGUUUGAUUCAUAACCAAAGAGUCAUCUCAGAGCCAGAUUUCAAUAUUGGCGGAGCAUCAGGCUGCAGCCCUGGCCCGUUUCUCAGGGCACCUCAUGUUCUAGAACUGUGGGUGAGACUUUUUUUUUUUUAUCCUGCCUGCCUGCCUGUUCACAUUUAAUUUGUUCCUGGCCGUGUGCAAUGGAUUAACAUUUCAUCAGGGUGGAUUAAGAUUGAAUUGACAUUAAAGCGGUCUUUUUCUAUUUUCCUUCUGUCACUGUUAGGCGCUCAGAGGCAGCCGGGGGUGUGGGGGGCACCUUCCGGAGCGGGAGGCAGUGCUCAUCCAAAAAGUGCUCUGGUGAGGACGAGGGAGAUAAGCCAGAGCCUCAGUGUGACAGUAAUUCCCAGUUGCAGGUCGAGAGGCCUGGAUGGAGCCCGAAGCUGGCUUCAUCAGUCUAACGAGAUGUCACAUGGAACAAAAGCUUUAGGGGUUUUAUUUAGCUCCUAAUCCGCACGCUGAGAGAGCCGCGGUCCAUGUGAGCACGCCAGGGAGGGGGCCCCAGCAGGCUCGAUGCAGCCUCCUUUCUGGGACUGAGCCAUAAAGAAAAGACCUCUCGUGCUACCGUUGGGGAGUGAGGCAAAGUUACCGUGAGUGUUGUGUUUUGUCUGCUAAGGUUUCGGAGGAUUAAUAAUUUAGGCCAUCCUUUGAAAUAGGAACCCCCAGUUGGUUGUUCCUGCCGUCUCGGAAGGGUUAGGAUCCAGCCAGGUCUGGUUUUGAUGUAUGUAAUUGAAGAUUUAUAAAGAGAGGCUUCCUCCUCUGCCUCGGCCGCAGUAUUCUUUUUUCCAAUGCCGGUUCCCAGCAGGCAUAUAAAUAUUGGGCGUUCGCAGAGCUGGGAUGCUGCCGGGUGGUACGAGGGCCCCUGGGAGAUCGCUGAGGCUCCAGGGAGGAGCAGCUCUCUGACAGACGGAGGCGGAGAGGGACUGUGGUAUGAGCAGCCUAACCCCAGGCUGCAGGUGGCCGCCAUGCCCGGGGCCGCCGAGCCCUACCUCCACCGGGAGGCCUUGUACCACUCCGGCGCCGGAAGGAAGAGUUCUGUUCCCGACUUCACCUUUUACGACAGCAGACAGGCAGUCAUGUCUGCUCGCGGUGGCCUGCUGCCUCGGGAUUACUACGGCGACCCAUCCGGAGCCGCUCGGGCGCCCAAAGAGCCUCGCCACCAUCGGGACCCGGGAGUCGGCCACCUGCUGCCCGGUUAUGGAGUGCUUGGCAGCAGAAUGACGUGGGAUCAAGUGCAAGGCCGGGUCCCUGCCCUGCAGGACACUGGUCACCUGUACCCGGAUCCUGGAGGUAAAAUGAUCCCUCAGGGGCAGCGGACGCAGAGCAGGGCCCUGUCGCCCACGCGGUAUGCAGGGGAGCUGGCCGACAGCAGGUGCGGAGUGGAGGCGCCUGCCUACCCCUCCAGCCAGGCCUACAAUGAUGUCGGCGAGAGGCCCGCGGACUCCGCCGCGGCUAGACAGGCAGCCCCCACGUGCCUAGUCGUGGACUCCAGCGCAGCUGCCGCCUCGGAGGGCAGCCCCGGGGCAGCCCCAGGCCCCCUGAACCAGGACUACGGACCUGCCCAGGAAAGCAUCCACUCCAAGGUGGCUUAUGAGAAUUGUGAGAGUGACCUGUCCACCUUCCAGGGGCCCGCGGGCAAGAGGAGCGUGAUGCCCGAGUUCCUGGCCCUCCUGCGGGCUGAGGGUGUGGCGGAGGCCACGCUGGUGGCCCUGCUGCAGCAAGGCUUCGACUCCCCAGCCGUCCUGGCCACGAUGGAGGACGCGGACAUCAAGUGUGUUGCACCCAACCUGGGCCAGGCCCGCGUCCUAAGCCGCCUGGCCGGCAGCUGCAGGACUGAGAUGCAGCUGCGGAGGCAGGGCCGGGCAGGCCCGCUGCCCCGGACACGCUCCAGCAGCUUCAGCCACCGCAGCGAGCUCCACGGUGACUUGUCUUCUCUGGGUGCCUCGGCCCUGCAGCCCCAGCCUGGGGGUCCCCUGCAGGCGGCAUCCGCCCGAGCUGGAGACCCGGCUCGCCGCCCCUCCAGUGCACCAUCCCAGCACCUCCUAGAAACGGCAGCUACCUACUCUGCCCCCGGGGUGGGCACCCAAGCCCCCCACUUCCCUUCCAACUCUGGAUAUAGCUCUCCUGCCCCUUGCACCUUGACAGCGCGGCUGGGCCCCCCAUACGCCCCACAGGCCGGGGUGGCCUUGACCAACCCGGGACCCAUGACCCCCCUUCAUCCAGGCCCCAGAACAGCCUACUCCACGGCCUACACGGUGCCCAUGGAACUGCGGAAGUGGCAGCGCAGUGUGGGCGCGUCUCCCCUGCCCAGCCCCCACGGCAGCCCCCAGCUCUUGCGGAAGCCCGGUGUCCCCGUGGAGCCGUCUACCCUGCCACCAGCCAGCCAGAGCAUCCACACGCCUCACUCAUCCUACCAGAAGGUGGCCCGGCGGACAGGGGCCCCCAUCAUCGUGUCCACCAUGCUGGCUCCGGAAGCAAGUAUCCGCCCCCAGAUCAUGAACGGCCCCCUGCACCCCCGCCCCCUGGUGGCGCUGCUCGACGGCAGAGACUGCACCGUGGAGAUGCCGAUUCUGAAGGACCUGGCCACUGUGGCCUUCUGUGAUGCACAGUCCACUCAGGAGAUCCACGAGAAGGUGUUAAACGAAGCUGUCGGCGCCAUGAUGUACCACACCAUCACCCUCACCAGGGAGGACCUGGAGAAGUUCAAGGCCCUGAGAGUAAUCGUGCGGAUAGGCAGCGGCUAUGACAACGUUGACAUCAAGGCUGCCGGCGAGCUCGGGAUCGCCGUGUGCAACAUCCCGUCUGCGGCAGUAGAAGAGACGGCCGAUUCCACCAUCUGCCACAUCCUCAACCUGUACCGCCGGAACACGUGGCUGUACCAGGCGCUGCGGGAAGGCACGCGAGUACAGAGCGUGGAGCAGAUCCGGGAGGUUGCCUCGGGAGCAGCCCGCAUCCGUGGGGAGACGCUGGGCCUCAUCGGCUUCGGUCGCACGGGGCAGGCGGUUGCCGUUCGAGCCAAGGCCUUUGGAUUCAGCGUCAUAUUUUAUGACCCCUACUUGCAGGAUGGGAUCGAGCGGUCCCUGGGCGUGCAGAGGGUCUACACCCUGCAGGACUUACUGUAUCAGAGCGACUGCGUCUCCUUGCACUGUAAUCUCAACGAGCAUAACCACCACCUCAUCAAUGACUUCACUAUCAAGCAGAUGAGGCAAGGAGCAUUCCUAGUGAAUGCGGCCCGUGGUGGACUGGUGGACGAGAAAGCCUUAGCCCAAGCCCUCAAGGAAGGCAGGAUACGAGGGGCGGCCCUCGAUGUGCACGAGUCGGAGCCUUUCAGCUUUGCUCAGGGCCCCUUGAAAGAUGCACCGAAUCUCAUUUGUACACCCCACACAGCCUGGUAUAGUGAGCAAGCUUCACUAGAGAUGAGGGAGGCAGCUGCCACCGAGAUCCGCCGGGCGAUCACAGGUCGCAUCCCAGAAAGCUUAAGAAACUGUGUGAACAAGGAAUUCUUUGUCACAACAGCUCCCUGGUCAGUAAUAGACCAGACAGCGAUGCAUCCAGAGCUCAAUGGUGCCACAUACAGAUACCCGCCUGGCAUCGUGGGUGUGGCUCCAGGAGGACUUCCUGCAGCCAUGGAAGGGAUCAUCCCCGGAGGCAUCCCGGUGACUCACAACCUCCCCACAGUGGCACACCCUUCCCAAGCUCCCUCUCCCAACCAGCCCACAAAACACGGGGACAAUCGAGAGCACCCCAACGAGCAAUAGCAGAGAAUGACGAAAGGUAAUCACUCAGAUAAACCUGGGACCAAGAGACAGUGAAAAAUAGAUGAACUAAAAGAAAAGGAAUUUGACAGUCUUUUUAACUGAUUCUGGACAUAUGCAUCAUUGACGUUGCAGUGUUAAAACUACAAAAGAGCUAGAAGCUGAGACGUGAGAAAACUGAAGAUGUCGUCUGCUUAUGGAAGCGCUGAAAGACUAGGACGUGAUUUAUUAACGACCAACUUCUGUUAUUGUGUGUUAAGUUUUCCAUCUGUGCAUCAAAUCACAAAGAAUAAAUAGAUCUUUUUCCUUUAUCAGUCCCUUGGGCACAGCAGGUCCUGAACACCUUGCUCUAGAAUGUUGCAUCAGGAGUUCCAAACAUCAAAAUAAAAAAUUUUAAGAGGAAAUCCCCAUCCUAUGACUCUAGUCCCUUCAGUCCAUGGGGGCUUUUUCUAAUAGGAAGAUUCAGUUACUACAAAAUGGGGAGAAAACUGUUUGCCUGCGUUAGACAUCAGCAAGCAUAGGAUUGAAGACCGUACAGGCUCCUGUACAGAAGUCUCUCUCCCAUCUGAACUGCAUACUGAGCGGGCAAGUUGGUUGUGAGUUCAGUAAUACCCUCUGAUGAUGCAAAAAAAAAAAAAAAAAGUAUUAAGUUUCACAAGCUGUUUGUACUCAAAUAUAUUUUCUCAGUUUCAGAUCCUCAGCUAUUUUAUUGAGUGGAAAGUCUUGAACUAAAGGGUUCAAGAAUAAUGUUGCAUUUCCUUAUGUCUCAGGAAACACUUUUUAUGGUAACUUGUCAGAUUGUCUAUGAACAAACCCACUUUUUUAGACAUUGAUAAAGUCUUCUUUUCUUCACGUGAUAUUUUAUACAAGAACACUUCAGGUGUGUUAUUAGAUGUGACUGAUUUUAACAAAUCCUAUUAGAUUUGUAUCAACUAGUUACAUGUUAUAUUCAUAGUCUUUUGUGAAUCAUCGCCUUUUUGUUUAAAAGAUGGCCUAUUUUGAGCCUUUGUAUAGGUACAUUCCUGUUUUUGUGACAAAAAAACAACCUUUAAAACUGUCCCAAACAGAAAAAUAAUGGCUAUCAGAAAUAUGUUUUGUUUUAGUGUGAGUUACCGUUACUGUAUUUGUUUAUUGUAAAGGUGGACAUUUAGCGUUCAGUGCAGUUUUCAAUAAAAAGUAAUAAAAAUUUC